AUGGUCCGAACCAGAUGGUUCGUGGUCAAGUCUGCUCUGGUCCUUUUAUCGUGGGACGUGACGCGGUUAGGUGGAACACGAGCAAGGGUGGGCUGGGAUGACGGUGGUACAUUGGAAUGGGACGCGGAAGGUGGUGAGGGAAGGAUGGGACGCGGAAAGUACCGGACCAUAGUAUCGGUCAUCCGGUGUUUGGAACCUAAAGGAUGCGGGCAUGGACUUACUGGGACGCGAUGCACCAUGGAACGUGAAGGGCUAGGACGCAUGACGAAUUGGGAAGUGAUGUAG